CCUUGUCGGAAGCGCACUACCCUCUCCGCGACACAAGCUCCGGCCGUCGCGGCAGUUUCCCCUCGCCCUCUCCGGCCGCCGUCACCGCCGCCGCGGCAGCCCCCCUCUCUCUCCGUUCGCCCCGCGGCUAGAUCGAAGCCUCGCUCGAUCGGAAGAUCCCCAGGGUAGUCGGCGGAGGCGUGCCGCCGGCUGUGCGGUGGGGUUGCCGGUGCCGGAUUCGAUUCCCCUAACCCUAGCGCGGGAAUCCCCCUACCUGGUUGCGCCUACCGGAGCGGGACUCGCACCGCCACGGGCUGCUACGAGCGGGGAAAUCGAGCCUCCGCUCCAGGCGCGGCCCUUCAUGGCGCGGCGGCGCUCCCGCUGGUGAGCUCGGCCAUGGACGAGCUCAACCUGUUGCGGCAGGCGCAGCGGCAGCACCAGCACCACCUGGUGGUGCGCGGCCUCGGCGAGGAGAUCGACCUCGAGAUCGGGCCGGGCGACGACCCCUCCUUCUCCAGUGCGGCCCUCGUCGGCGUCACCUCCGCCCACGACCCCGCGGACGACCACAAGACCCUCCUCAUCCCUUGCUCGCAGCCGCAGCCGACGCCGCCGCAGGUGGAGGAGCACGAGGGGUUGCUGCGGCUGCCGGGGCACACGAAGAAGAAGAAGAAGGUGGUGAAGAAAUGGCGGGAGGAAUGGGCAGACACCUACAAGUGGGCGUACGUUGCUGUGCACGAUAACACCAGCAGGAUCUUCUGCACUGUGUGCAAGGAGUAUGGCCGGAAGCACCGGCGGAAUCCCUACGGAAAUGAGGGGAGCAGGAACAUGCAGAUGAGCGCGCUGGAGGAGCACAACAAUAGCUUACUGCAUAAGGAGGCGCUAAGGCUGCAGACAGCGUCCAAAGAGAAUGCACAGCCCCUUGAGAUCGAGAGGCCAGUCUAUGUCAAAGCUUUGUCAAAAACGGCAGCCUCUAUACUUGAAUCUGUGCUAAAGAGGGACCCUCAUGAAGCUGAGUUUAUACAGUCUAUCCAAGCGGUGGUUCAUUCCUUGGAACCAGUUCUGGUGAAGAACUCACAACAUGUCCAAAUUUUGGAGCGUUUAUUGGAACCAGAGAAAUGUUUUAUCUUCAGAGUGCCAUGGGUUGAUGACAGAGGUGAAGCACAUGUAAAUCGAGGCUUUCGUGUGCAGUUCAGUCAAGCAUUAGGUCCGUGCAGAGGUGGUCUUCGUUUCCACCCUACCAUGACUUUGAGCGUGGCAAAAUUUCUAGCUUUUGAGCAGACCCUAAAAAAUGCUCUGUCACAAUACAAACUUGGAGGUGCUGCUGGAGGGAGCGAUUUUGAUCCCAAGGGCAAAAGUGAAAAUGAGAUUAUGCGUUUUUGUCAAAGUUUCAUGAAUGAGCUGUAUAGAUAUUUGGGGCCUGAUCAGGAUUUUCCUGCUGAAGAUGUUGGUGUGGGUCCAAGAGAAAUGGGCUAUCUUUUUGGGCAGUAUAGACGCCUUUCUGGUCAUUUUCAGGGAAAUUUUACAGGGCCUAAAAUCUUCUGGUCUGGUUCUAGUUUCCGAACAGAAGCUACUGGAUACGGACUGGUGUUCUUCGCACGUGUGGUGCUUGCUGAUAUGAACAAGGAACUCAAAGGAUUAAGAUGUGUUAUAAGUGGUUCUGGAAAGAUAGCGAUGCAUGUGUUGGAAAAGCUUCUGUCAUGUGAAGCUAUUCCUGUUACAGUUUCAGAUUCGAAGGGCUAUCUGUUGGACACGGAAGGGUUUGAUUACAUGAAAUACUCAGUUAUAAGGACCAUCAAGGCUCAACAAAGGAGCCUCAAGGAGUACUUGAAAUCAUAUCCAAAUGCCAAGUAUAUAGAUGAUGCAAAGCCAUGGAGUGAGAAGUGUGAUGUUGCGUUCCCUUGUGCAUCACAAAAUGAGAUUGACCAGGCAGAGGCUCUUGCAAUAAUAAACACUGGUUGUCGUGUUCUUAUAGAAUGUUCAAAUAUGCCUUGUACUGCUCAAGCAGUUGAUAUCCUACGAACAGCAAAAGUAGUUGUUGCUCCAGCUAAGGCGACUGCUGCUGGUGGGGUAGCAGUUGGAGAACUUGAACUGAAUCCUGAGUUCAGUUUGAUGCAGUGGUCAGUGGAAGAUUUUGAGAACAAAAUACAGGAUGCAGUGAAACAAACAUAUGAUAGAUCGAUCAAAGCUGCUCAAGAUUAUGGAAUCAUGAAAGAGAACCAAGAGUUAGUUUUCUUGUGCUUUGAGGAUUUCUUCCUUUUCUUCUGCCUGGUUUCAACUCCAGAAGCUGAUCUCUCUCUCUCUCUCUCCAGGUCGUUGGUGCAUGGUGCAAACAUAUGUGCGUUUCUUAAUAUUGCACAAGCCAUGACUGAUCAAGGAUGUGUCUAAUUAGGCUGCUCAAUUAGCAGAAAUGGCAAUUGUUGCAGGCUUGCAGGCACAUCGCACAGUUAAAUGGUGGUUGCGUCUACCAUUUCAUGGGGUAACAUAGGUUUUUGUUUAUACUUACCCUAGAACUUUCCUCUGGUAGGAAGCAAGGCUUCCAAGAGCUUGGGCCCGUCGUAGAAUAUAGAAGAGCCUUUUGUUGUAGAUCCCCAAUGUAUUAUUAAUUCUUUUUUUUUUCAUUUGGGAACGAUUUAUUGCCCAUUUUUACCAACAUCAAUGCCAAUGGAAGGAGGAAAUAGAAGCAAUUCUUCUGUAUCUAAAUUUUCAUGGAAUGAAAAUGGUUUAUCAGCUGUAAAUUAUACCCCAAAUCCAACAAUCCGCUGUAUGAAUCAGCAGAACUUUGGUUGGCUCACGAGUUUUUAUGAAACAACGCCAAAUUAUCCCCCAAGGUAAAGUAAAUCA